AGCAUUGUUUUUGGUUUGAGUGCGCGCUACUCUAAAUGUGUUGAGGUGGACCAUUUACUGUGUAAUUAAUUCCUUCAAAAUAAACCUGUCUGUUUCGUGUGGCAGCACACUUUAAUGGAAAUCUCAAUAAACGUUUUCGUUUUUGUGCUCUACACUUUAGUUGUUAGCUAUUUGCAAUAUUUCGUCAACAAAUACACAGCAUUCGUCCGCGGACUAUAGUUAAGGAUGCUUGGCUUGCAAACAUAUGGUAGUUCGUCCGAAGGCGAGUCGGACAACGAGCAGA